CGAUUCUCCUCCUUUCUUAUCUUCCCUGUCUCUGCGGCUCUUUUUCGAGCGGAUCUCGCCCACGACCUUCAAGGAGGCCUUGUUGCAACCGCCGAUCACAUCGCGCCGUCACUGUCAGGUCGCACUGGAUACCUUGUUCCAUACUCCACUUUCUCUUUCAUGGUCUCCGUAUAAGUCUAUCACCGUCCAAGUACCCGUUCAAUGUCUGCCUUCCAAGCAUCCUCCUUCUCUCCCGACAUGGUCGUGACUGCCGCUUCUUCCUCGGACAGCCAGUCCAACGACUCGGCACAGCCUGAGGAGCCCCCUCGGGUCUAUGACUUCUAUUCUUACGCUACCAAGUCCCCUGGCACUCGUCUGGUCUACAUCCAGAACCCGAUCACUGCCGAUGUCGCUAUCUCUCAGCUCGACUCUAAAGUACUCGGGUUCGACCUAGAGUGGAGGCCGAACUUCAUCAAGGGCAACCCUGAGAACCCGGUUGCACUGGUUCAGCUCGCAAGCGAAGACACCAUACUCCUUAUUCAUGUUUCCUUCAUGCACGCCUUCCCUGAGAAGCUGAAGGAACUGCUGCUGGAUCCAAACGUCGUUAAGGCUGGUGUAGGAAUACAGAAGGAUUGUAAGAAGUUGUGGAUCGAUCACCGCGUGGAUACUCGUAACUGCGUGGACCUCUCGCUCUUGGCUCGUACUGUGGACAAUGCCCGAUGGAAGGGCAAGUACGCGAAUCCUAUCGGUCUCUCACGACUCUGCGAGACGUAUGAGGACCUUACCCUCAACAAGGGUAAGAUCCAGACGAGCAACUGGGAGCGGCCCCUUGAUUUGCGUCAGCAAGAAUAUGCUGCCAACGACUGUCAUGCUGGACUGGUACUAUACAAACGACUAGCCGAGAUGGCUACGGCCAUGUCACCAGUGCCCCACAGGGUAUGGUACUCGUUUGACACGAUCUCGGGUAUGCUUUACCAGCCCUCCUCCGGCGUGAUAUGGCACCCGUUCAACCCCUACUACGAUCCCGGUCCACCGCCGCCCCCUCGACUACCUAAGGCGGUGGACGCUGAGAAUGGGCACGAUCCCUCUCAGCGGCCCGUCCGGGGUCGCUGGCGGAACAACCGCACACGACCGCAGCGACCGCUUUCUCCGUCGGCCUCGUCCUUCGUUCCGGGCGCGAAGGAGCAUUCUCCAUCGCCCUCACCCAGCCCUCUUCCGAGUCUGGGGCCGAACUACCGAUCCCCCACUUCGUUCCCCCACGCGAACAACGUCGUGGUAACCGCGCCCAUGUUCUCGACAGACGCCGACGGGUUCCCCCUUCUUCCCCGAGCAGCGCCAGGCGUGUGGCAGCAACCACAACCUUACCGACCCAGGUCAUUCCGCGGUGCCGUCCCCGGCACUGGGCAAGUGCGCAUGCAGGCUGGCCGCGGACGUGGCCGGGGAAGGGGCGGCUACCCCAUCGCUGUUGCGCCAACAGGUUGAACGGUCUCCAGCGUUUUCUCGUUCCUCUCGUGCGCUUGUUGCCCUACUAUUGAUUCCCUUACCGUCCCAGAUUCUUUUGUUGUUGCCAUAUGUUGGGUAUUACAUUAUGCGGAACUCCCUGAGUGGGUCCGCUCAAUUUUGACUGUCGGAUGUUGUUGUCGAUACUGCUUUCCCACCACUAACGACUCCUCUCGCCCCACGUCACCUUCCGUCUGCAUCCACAAGCACAUCCCCACUCACGCUCAUGUCCUUGUUCGCGUUCAUGCAGAUUUGCAUGGUUUAUGCGUGCCCCCGCCCCGUGUAUGCUCUCGGUCUAUAUCUAUGCUGUAUACUACACACCAUGAC